AUAAAGGCCAGUGAGGCUGUGGGGAGGAGGCCAGCGGGGCAGAGCGCGGCAGCGGUGCUCCCGGCGAGCUCGGCGGAGCGGCAAGCGCCCUCUCCGCUUGGAGAGGCUGCCCCCCGGGACCAUGCUGAACACGCUGCUGCUGUGCUGCGGGCUGCUGCAGGGGAUCCAGGCUGUGCUCGGUGCCGACCUCAGCUGCGGGCAGCUGCAGAAGGCGGGGUCGGGGCUGGAGGGGGCGGACAGAGCCCGCUACUCCAGCCUGCUGCGGAGGGUCAGGAACGAGGGGUCUGCAGAGCCACACGGAGCUCUCCCCAGGCUCGAGCAGAUGGCCCUGGAGGUCCAAGAAGCCAAUGGUGACCUUGUGCAGAGAGGCAGCAUGGCAGAAGCACAGCAGGCUUCGUCGGCAGAGCUGCAAGCCGCGGGCCGUGAGGAGCGCUCCCCUCGCCGCUGCGUCCGGCUGCUGGAGUCCUGCCUCGGGCAGCAGGUGCCCUGCUGCGACCCCUGCGCCACCUGCUACUGCCGCUUCUUCAACGCCUUCUGCUACUGCAGGAAGGUCAGCUCCGGCUUCCCCUGCGGCAAGAACUAGGACCCUCACCCCGGGGCUCCCGGCUCCUUGCCCACCUGCGCCACCUCCUCCUCUGCAGCGCCAAUAAACCAGCCGUUAGCAAAA